GGCGGCGAGAGGUUUCCCUCCUCCACAAGGACAAAUAGAAUAAAAAAUAAAAACUUCCUCCUCCUCCUCCCUCCCAUAGCAGGCGGGCGCGACUUACAGGACAGAGAGAGCGAGACUGAGAUAUUUCUUUUUAACUGUAAUUUCUGAAACUUUAAAAAGUUUAGAGUUGGAUGCAGUCAAAGUCCAAAGAUGGAUCCCACUCAAUGGUGCCUGCUGUCCCUGGGGGCAGUUGUUCUCCUGUUGCUGCAAGACUGCUUUGGUUCCUCCUUGCACUCCUUGCAUCAUCUCAAUACUGUAAUAUUUGAGUCUGGCCAUGAUCGACCCCACAUGAUCUCUUUGGCAUAUGUAGACGACCUCCUCAUCUCUCGCUAUGACAGAGAUGCAAGGAGGUUCCUUCCUCAAACACCAUGGGCAAAUAAGUUCGAGAGGUAUAAUGUCAGCUCCUGGGACUGGCAGGACCUCAUUGGAUAUAACAGACAACUGUUGAGCAAGAUGAACCAGGUGGCUCCAUUCAGCCAGAACGAGGGGUUUCAUACCUUGCAGCGUAUUUCCGGCUGUGAACUUGAUGAACAUGGGCACAGGAGAGGAUUUUCACAGCAUGCCUAUGAUGGAAGGGAGCUCGUCACCUGGAUAACAACAGAUGCAGCAGCUCAAGUGUCCAAGAGGACCCGGGAGGCUGAGCCAGCUGUUAGCUUGUAUUGCAAACGCUAUUUGGAGGAGGGAUGCAUUGAGCGGCUGCAGACAUUUUUGGUGUUUGGGAAGGGGACUUUGUUGAGGCGAGAGCCCCCAGUAGUGAAGGUGAGACACAAGGCGGGCUAUGAUGUUUUGGAUACCCUCAUCUGCCGGGUCUAUGGCUUCUACCCCAAGGAGAUUGAUGCCACCUGGAGGAAGGACGGAGAGGUCUGGGAGCAGGAGACCUUCCGUGGGGGAGUCACUCCCAACUCAGAUGGAACCUACCACACCUGGCUCAGCAUUGAGAUUGACCCCAAGGAAAGGAGCCUCUAUCAGUGCCACGUGGAACAUGACAGUCUUCUGGAGCCUCUACGCUUGACCUGGGAGGAUCCUGCUUCCAUGCCUAUUUGGCUCAUUGUAAGAGCCAUUGGGGGGGUCCUGCUGGUUGCCAUCCUGCUAGGGGCUGCGAUCAUCUUCUACAUCAAGAAACGGAAAAGAGAUGGCUACAAAGCAGCAUCGAGCAGCCUGAGAUCCAACUCCACCAACAGUGAAUAGGUGUGCAUGCGCACCUGGGUUGUCGUUAGGGCAUGAUUUUACCCUGGUGGUGUCUGCAAAGAGAACACGGAAUCGUCCAUCAUCCGCAAGAACAGUGUUCCCUCUAAUUUUUUUAAUCAGUGAGCAGAAUGAGUUUUGUAUUGGGAAGCAUUAUUGUGGAGGAAUAGUUGUCUAUCCCACCGCUUUGUCACCACUUAUGGAGGAUCCGCCCUACUGAUAACACAAGACAUGGCUCUCCCCAAAACAUACAAGUUCUUCUGUUUGUUGGUCCUAGACCUCCUGGCAAUCAAUUUCAUGGACUGACCCCUGGUUCUAGUGUUAUGUGAGAGGGAAAAGAAUUUCUCUCUCUCCAAAUUCUCCAAACCAUGCAUGAUUUUGUAGACCUCUAUCAGGUCUCCCCACAAACAAUCAUAUCAAAGCACACUGGAUCAAGGGAGAAGUAAAGCAGAAGCAAGCCUUUUCUAUGUAAACAUGUUUUUCUAUUAUUAUUAAUUAUCAUUAUUAUUUUACACAGUCAGACAGGUGUUAUUGACUGGUUUGUUUUAUCCAGACAUGGAGUACUUCCCAAGGACCUGG